AAAAAAAACUAAAAAUAUUAGGACAAUCAGAACUUACUUCAAUACAGCUUAAAUUAAUAAACAUGACGGGCGAUGUACCUAAUUUAACAAUAAAUAAUCAAACAAUGGAGGAAUGUAUAACUUUGAGUUGUUGUUGUCCUUUUCUGGGAGGAAUAUCAAAUGGGGAAGUCAACGAUUGCACCCUUCCAAAUGGCCAGAAAUUUCAAAAAGCAUAUCGUAAAGAAUUAAGAAUAAUGUCCGAUGAUGAACGAAAUAGACUCUUUAAAUGUAUUCGAAAAUUAAAAGAUUCUGGUGAAUAUGAUGCUUUAGCAAGAUUGCAUAAAGACGCGUUUGAUUCGGGCGGGGCGCAUGGGGGGCCUGCUUUUUGUCUUUUUCAUAGAGAAUUAACUAAAAGAUAUGAAUUAAUGAUUAGAAAAUGUGAUCCAGACUUGUAUCUCCCUUAUUGGGAUUCAACACUAGAUGGUAGAUUACCGCAACCGAAAGAUUCGUGUCUUUUUACGGAAAAGUUUCUUGGGGGAACGGACCCUUCUACCGAUUAUGUAAUAAAUGGCUUUUUUACUCCCUGGCCAACAACGGAGGGAAACCCUUAUAUUUCACGUUCUGUCGGUCAAAUGGGCGGAUGUUUUACUGACCAAGAUAUUGAGGAGGUUUACGAGCAAACAGAUAUUAGAGAUGUUCUCUCAUAUUCAAUGCCUUAUGCUUCUUGUAAUAUUUCCGUAAAUUGGGAAUGGCUGGAGUACCGUCAUGGCAAUGUUCAUGGAUUUAUAGGAGGUGAUAUGGGAGAUGCACGGAUAUCUGCUAAUGAUAUUUGCUUUUACUUUCUUCACUGCUUUGUUGAUUUUGGAUGGCGUUUGAGAAGACAAAAUCGACAGCAAAGAGAAACUAAAUAUCCUCCUGAUAUUGCUGCAUGUGAAUCUUCUGCACAUUUUAAACAUGCAACAAUGGCUGAAUUUUCCCCUCUACAAAACAUAGACGGACUAAGAAAUGAUUAUACAGACAAUAUGUAUGAAUAUGCCGACAGGCCAAAUUGCUCUCUUGAAAUUCCAGAUUGUGAUUCGAUAUAUUUAUUUUGUGACCUCUCCCAUGGAGACCCUCAUUGCGCAGCAAAGGCUUGUUUAGGAGGAGAUUGUUCUGGAUUUAUUAAAGGGGAAGAAGUUUGUUUUGAAAGUGUAUGCAUUAAUAACGUUUGCACAAAAGAGGUGAAUAUUACAACAACAACAACAGAAGAAUUAAAAGAAACAACACCAGAAGCGCAAACAAACACGAAUAUUAUAACAACAACACCAGAACAUCAACCAAACACAAAAACAGAAGAAAUUGAAGAGACUAAAACAACAAUAGAAACAUCCAAAACAACAUCCACUCUAUUAAAUAACACAGAAACAACACUCGAUGUUUGCCAAACAUGUCAAUGUUUAUGUACAUACAAACAAACAUUAUUAGUUCCAAAAAUAAGAGCAGAAGAAAUUUUAGAGAUAAAAUAG